AUCUGAGAAGGUGCCAGUCACUGACCAGACUACAAGCAGUUACAUUCGAAGAGGACGUGUACCUCGCGAUACAUUUUCGACUUGGUUCUGUGUGUUGUUUUUUUUUCCCUUAAAUUUAAUUAAGUUACCUUGUUCGGUGAAGUGAUAUUACUUUUUUUUUCUGCAAGGAACCAUGUGACCCGGAAAAGAGGAAAACAAGAUUCAUCAAAUUGAUCGUCGGGACCCAGCCGACUGUAAAUGGAAUCCACUGACCUUAACGAAAUUACAGAGGAUACUGAUGAUCAUACCAAGCUAAUCGAUUUAUCACUAGAUCGUUAAUUUAAUCUCAUAAAAAUUGACAAUUUAAUCACUAAUUCCUAGUGAUUUAUUUACUGAUAACUAAUGUCAUAAUCAGCAAUAAUCAAUGUCAUAAUUAAUGACCGAUUACAUAAUUAAUAAUCAAUGUAAAAAUUAGUAAUAACUAAUUAUUAGAGGGAAAAAAAAAGAAUUAAUGAUCAUAUCCAGUGAUAUGAUUAAAAGAAAUAGUACUUAAUAGAUAAUGAAAGUUAAAAGUAAUUAAUAAUAAAUAAAAAUGGAGGACCAACCUGCCAUGGGUCUUGAUUCAACAGUCAGAAGUCAAGAUUCCAGCAAUUCAAAAGACUCGAAAGUGUCAAAAUUGUCCAAAGAGACAAAUAUUUCACGAAUAUCAAAAGACUCAAAGGCUGAGUCAAAGCAUUCAAAGGAUGUUCUUAUAUCAGCAAAACAUAAACAUCAACAUUCGCCACAGCAUCUACAGGAGCAAGAGCCGAGGCAGCAUAGAACACAAGUCAAGGACGACACCAACAUUCUUAUGUUCACAUCCUGUGGACAAUUACUUCUCGGAGUCGUCCUAGUCGUAUUUGGAAUCCUAGUCUUAGUUCAUGGAGCCGCAUUGGGUGGCACGGGAGCUGGUCUUUGGGCGGGUGCAAGUGCUCUAGUUUCCGGGGCAUUAGGAGUGGUUGCAACCCUUGCAAGUAAAUCAAGCUCUGGAUUUUCAACGGCCCAUCUCGCAUCGAGUUUAGUGGCUUUGGCAUUGUCAAACAUGUCCGCGAUAACAGCACUCGCUUCAAUAGUCAGAGAUUCGCAGAGGUCAGAAUUUACUCUGCUCGCUGUUCCAGGUGAAGAAGAUCACGUAGUGGAAUUCGAGGAUGGUUGGUCCCGACUUCUGGCAAGUAUUGGUCUGCUGAUUGCCAGUGUUGCUGAUCUUUUGGUAUCCGGAUACAUUUGCGUGACCCUGACUCCCAAGCUCUGUGGCUGUCUCAAGUCCAAUCCCGAUGAUGAGACCGAUGGACGGCUCAAGACCCGUAACAUGGUUCACCAAUGGGUAAUCGCACAAAACCACGUGCCCAAGAGCCAUCAGCCGAUCUACGUGGUGCAGUCGGUGAUGCCAAUGCACCCUAUAAUUCAGCAUCCUUAUGGAAUGCAUCCACCGCCUGGGAAAUAUCCCACAGGGUUUAUGCCAGCCGGAACUCUUCCUCUAGCAGCUCCUGGUUAUGGAGCCAUGCCCAUCGUUCCACACAUGGGCUAUCCAAGUCGACCUCCAUCACAAAUGAUGAGACCAAGGACCAAACGGUACUCCUCAGAGGAAGAAGAUGGAACAGAGCGUCGUCGUCACAGCGAAAAUAAAAGUGAAUCCUCGAAAAAAAUGACAUCAAUUGGCGAAGAUCAAAUUGAUUUAUCACAAACGUAUACCGGAUUAGAUAAAAGAAUUUCCGAGGAAUUUAUAUCCAUUGCAAUGGAUCCGUCAAGCCAUCACGGAAGUGAAAUCGUUUCCAGCGCUGUUAAUAUUAAUAACAACAUACAAUGAAUUAAUCAACUUGACUUUUAUGUAAAGAAAUAAACUUACCAUCGAAAAUUA